AUGUCAUAUCUAGACGAGCCAAUCGAAAAUUAUUGGCAUGGAAAUUGUAUAUUUUAUGAUAAUGGAGAUUUUGUAGUAGAAGCAUUUACGCCUAGAAAUUAUAUUCUAAAUAUUCUUAAAUUUUCGGUUGAAAAUUUAAGCAAUGACAAUGAAAUUGAUAAAAAUGAUUCUAUUAUUGACAGAAAUAUAGAUGAAGAGGGACAGACAUAUGAAUCUAAAAAUUUAUUAGUAAAAUUGAUCGUAACACAAAGAAAAGACACACUAAUCAAAGACACACAAGAUAAUGUAGAACAAGAUAAAGAAUUAACUGUAGUAGUAGAGGCCAUGAAAUUUGAUCCUUCCGAGAAGGAUUGGAAAUCUGUAGAUGAAUGGAAGAUUAAUUCAAAAUAUUUAAAAUAUUUAAGCGAUUCAGAACCAAGAUUUUAUAUAGAAGAUUUGAAGAAAAAAAAGCGAAAUAAACCAGAUAAUAAAAGCUACAAAACUGAAUAUGAAGAAUAUGAAGUAUUUACUGCAAAUAGAAAUAAUAUUCAAAAAUUACUCAAACAAAUAAAAGAUCGUUCAUUACUGUGA